CAAGAAAAUGACAGAUAAAUAUUGUGCGGAUCUGUUACGCAUCGCUGUUGCUCAAAUAUCACAAACUAUUGGCUACAGUAGCGCCCAAACUGCGCCCUUAGAGCUAUUGCAAGAUGUUUUACACAAAUUUUUACAAGAGUUCGCCCGUGACCUGCAUAGCCAGACGGAGCAUGCGAAUCGCAUUGAACCAAACCUGAAGGAUACACAUCUCAGCUUAAAGAGUCUGAACAUCAAUAUCCCAGAUCUGCUAGACUACAUAGGCAAUGUCGAACCGGUGCAAUUUGCACAGGAGAUCCCACAGUUUCCGGUAAAGAGAAACUCAAAUAUGAAUUUCCUCAAGCCGGGCAGUUCGGAAACACUGACACGACCCGUACACAUAUAUGAGCAUUUACCACCCAUGCUUCCAACAGAGCCAACUUCAUCUGGGCAUUCGUCGGCUGGUUGCAGUGGCAAUCAAUUGGAGCAGGGUGACAUGGUGCCGGCAUCUGCACUAGAAGCAGGAGGGGAGGUAACCUUACCAAAUGGCAGCAAAAGUAUCAGUAGUCCGUCUCCCUUCCCAUCGUCCCAAUUAUUUCCAUCACAAGAGCCAAAUGCUGACAUUCCAUCAACAAACGCAACUCCAUGGAGUAAUUCUGUCGACGCAGGCAUGCCGCUUCACCCAUCUGCACGUAACUUGGAUGUGGAGGGAGGUGCUACACGUGAAAUCAGUAGUGUAGUAAUGACAACAGGAGGAUAUAUUUCACCAGCAAUCGAAGGAAAGCUGCCUAGUGCCUUUGUACCUGAUAUUAUUGACAAAUUCAAAGGUCUGGAUGUACCACCUCCAUCGCCACCACCGCCACCACUACAAACCAUCAAUUCUAUUGGAAAUGAUACACCCAUUGAUUCAACAAUUUCAAAAGAUGUAAUUUCAAUGCAGCCCAUGCCUACCGAAACACAUGGUGUGCCCACCGAAGGGGCAACAAAUGUCGAUAAAAAGGAGCCAACUGUAACCCCAAUUGCAGAAGUUAAGCCAAUGGUGGCAGACAUAAAACUUAAGAAGAAAAACAAAAAACGGCCUCUCCCACGCAUUCCUUGGCCAUUAGAGCAAUCUGCAAACAACAAAGCUCUAGAGAAAGCUCAAAAAAAGGCUUUGAAAAAAGCAUUAAAGCUGUCUAAAUCAAAAGAUACAAUGGACCCCAGCGGCAAUCCUCAAAAACCAAAGGCCGCAUUUCGGGAGAUACCUCAACUGCAAAAAUUGUCGACUCUAGGAGAUAAGCAGGCCAAACAGCGACUUAAGCAACUAAGGAAGGAGCAUUUACAGCAAGUGAGAAAGAAGCAAAUGCAUCAGGAAAAGGAAAUGAUAAAGCAAUUGAAGGGACAGAAUCUACAAAUGCAGCAGCAACCUACAUUAUCCACACCGUUGCCCUUCUAUGGGCACCUUCCAGGUAUAAUGCAUCACAUUUCAUCAGAAGAUAUAGCGGCGAACAAACCACCGAUUGUUUUUGGAAACACUGACAACACUAUGCAGCCAAUGGCAACACAAAUUCCGAAAACACAGGUAGAAAGCAAAGAUAUGGUUGCUGCAGCGUUAGCAAGAGAAGCAUGCCAAACAGAUGAAGGGGCAAUGCCGCCGGAAAUAAAACUUCCCAGCGAACCAGAUCGCAAUAAGCUAAAUAUUUUUAAGAAGCUGUCGAAGGCCAAAGUCAAAGCGGCUCUCUCUCCCACUCUUCCUAUGGGUCUAUCUACGAAUAUCUUUGGCAACAAUUUUAAUGGAACACCGUUAAUAAAUCUGCCAUCUGGCACCACCAUAACACCAGCACCUGCAUUACCUAUUCCUAACGUGGGCGGAUUUGUAUCUGUGACGCCAAAUUCUAUACCUCACUUGCGACAACCCAACAUGAUGGCCACAGAUCUCUCAAAGCCCAAGAAACGUGGUCGAAAACCAGGCAGCAGAAAUCAGGCAAAACUCUUAACUACCGAUGCUUUGGGUUCACCUAUGCAACCAGCAAAGAAAGUCAGAUACAAUAAGAUGAAUGCAAUACCGUUUGAACAAGGCGUUAUUCAAAUGAAUGAAGCCCAACUGAUCCCGGAAUUGACGCCCAUGGAGCCAUUAAACUUAAGCAACAUUGACGAAUUCCAAGUUGGUGAACCGGCGCAAUUCUUACCGAGUAACCCCCCGUUGGCCCCAGUACCCAAUCAGGAAACUUUGAAACCCAAAACAAAAGAGAAAAAAGAACGGAAAAAGUACAAAUCAAAAUAUAAUCCUCUUGGUUUAAAAACGGAUGAAAGUUUCCCCAUGGAAGCUAUCCCAGCAGAUGCAGUAAACAAGAAAAUGCCGCCGGUCGUAAACCAUGUUACAGAUAAUAUCACACUUAUACCACCAAGCAAAGCUGCGAAUUCUGCUAAAUCUCCCGGCAAUACUAAGAAACGAAAUCCAAAUAUUUUGUCACCAAUCGUUAGUAGAGACCACAAUAUUGGUAUCUCCGAUACACUGAUACCCAUGCAGCCCAUCCCUUUGUUGCCCAUGCCUUUGCUGUCCUUUCCGCCAAGACCAGGCCUAAUACCGUCGGGCCCUGGACUCUUUCCGACUCCAGGUCUCAACAGUUUCGGACCAAACAUGCUUUUACCACAAUUUAUGGCAUCCCCCGGAAGUGCAAAUAACGUUUCACGAACUAACAUCGAACCGCCUGAAACCAAGCUGCCUAACUUGAUGAAAGCUCCACUCCCGGAGUCACAACCAGAGCGAAGCUUUUGCAAUGUCGCACCUCUGAUUCCUGGUUACAUGAAACGCAUCAUUGGAGAUAAUCAAAUCGUAUCAACACCGAUGUCGGAAUUUGACUCCUCAGCGUCCAUAUCCGGAUCGUCGCAAUCGAACACUCUUCGUUUCUUUGAGGAAACUAAGCCGAAAGCUAUGCUGUCAACACCAUCUGGCACAGGCAAUCUGGGUGAUCCAAUUGAAGUGUCCGACGAUUCGGAUGAAUCAAAUGCUGUUAAAAAGCAACCGCCUCCAAAACCAUCGCCAACAAACUUUUCUUUCGCACAUACACACAACACAAAAUCAAACUUAAUUCAGCCACCAAAUCUUCCAUACGGACCGCCCCAAGUUGCCGAUGUGCAUCAUACAUUGACUCCACUUCCAUCUCCAAUUCCAGAAGCCAAAAAGAUCAAGAAGCAGGCUAAACAGACGACUUCACUCAAACUAAAUCAGCAGGAAGCCAGUAUCCCCUCUAGUUCUAAUACCCCUUUUGACCUAAAUUUCAUGGGUGGCAGCGAUAAAUUUUGUCUAGCUGGAGGCGCCGAUCUAAUUCCUUUGUCGCGUGAGGAUAGUGGGUUGGCGUAUUCUUCAAGAACAGUACCAGCUACAAGUUUGGCGGCUGGCGCAACCUCUGGCUCCAUAACUCUUCCAACCUCUACUCAAGUGACCAACAUCUCGGUUGAUCAGUCUGGCAUGAUGCCCAAUUAUGAGAGAUCGGGAAACUAUGACGAUGUCACAAUUACGCCAACCAAUGUUAUGAGUCUAGACCUAAUGAAAAGUCGGAACAAGGAACACAAGAAACUCAAAAAGCCAAAGGAGGGCAAGGACGGAAAAAUUAAGAAGAAGAAAGACAAGAAAGAUAAGUCUAAGAAUAAAGAACGCAGCGAAGAAAAGCAUCUUCAUAAGAGUGACAAAAUCAAAGCUCUAGAUAAGAAACCGAAGAAGGAUAAAAAGAAAAUAAAACAGGGCGUAGGUGAUGCAAUGGUUAUGAUGAAACCACAAGAACCACCUAUCGGUGCGCUUGAAGCAAUACCUCUGUUUGAACCCAUCAGCGUCGAACCGCCCUCCUUUGUUGGUCCCGAGCCUUUAGCGACGGGACACAUUUCACCCAAGAUGGAGCUAUCACCCAAUCAGGUCCCGAAGCUGACUUUAAAACUAGAUCGUAAAUCCACACCGCUGCCGAUUGAAGAACCACAAGAGACAAGCAGCCAUGCGACCGCAGUUCCAAGCAAACGAGACCAAUCCCCAGAGCUAGCACGUUUCUCACCUCUUGUCACUGGGCCUCCAAAGCCCAAACAAAGUGAAACCAAUCAGCAACCACUUGGCCUCUCACUAGCCACAGCUGCCUCACUCUGCACUGGCGUCUCCAGCACCAUCCCAAUCAAUCCGAGCACCCAAACGAUGCCAGCGAGCUCCGUCCUGCUACCUCAUCAACUGUUGCCACCACCCAAGCCGAUGCCUAGCGGCGCACUCGGAUCUGCUGCUGGACCACCCGGUAGUAGUACUAGCAUGGCUGUUUCGCCGCCAAAAAUCGAUGGUACCCCACAGGUACUUCAAACACAAAUUGCUAAAUCAAACCGCCCAUCAUCCUAUGUAGAUGCUGAAGGUAAUCGCAUUUGGAUAUGCCCAGCAUGCGGCAAGGUGGACGAUGGCUCGGCAAUGAUUGGUUGUGAUGGCUGCGAUGCGUGGUAUCAUUGGGUCUGCGUUGGCAUAUUUGUGGAGCCCAAGGACAACGAGGAUUGGUUCUGUCGUGUCUGCAUCACCAGAAAGCGAGUCCAUGGAUCCGAUAAAAAGCGCAAGCGUAACAAGAAGAAGUAAAAGUAAAACACACACUCUUUCACACAUUACAUAUUGAUUA